AUGGCGUCCUUGAUUGCUCAACCAAAACGGGGAAAAUAUAAAGGCAAAGGUGGCGCGCGUCGCGCCGAGAACGAACGUGUCUACGGCAACCCGUUACCUCUGCUUUUCACCACAUCAACCGACGACUCUACUGCCGGACCAUCACAGCCGAAACAGUCCUUCUUAUCCUCACUCUUCAAUCCUCCGCGCGUGAUCAACCCUCAUUGUACUGGCACUUUUGACGCGGCCACGCGCUCUGUCUGGGUCACUGAUGAGCGGGACGUCAGAAUAUUAUGGACACGCGGGUUCUGGGGAAAGGGAAAUUUGAGUAGGAGUGAGCCGAGCUGGCGUAUACGAGCCGAGGGAGAGAGGAGGGAUCGAAGAGCAGGCAGAUUGACUGCAGAACAAGUCACUGCAGCCCGUCGUGCUGAGCGCGCACAGUUCAAGAAGGACCGAGCAGCAGCAAUGGCAGCGGUCGCCGCUCAAGCAGAGGCCGCGUACGCCGCAGACGGAACGGUCAUCGAUCCCGAGGCGCGCAAGGCGCAAAUUCCGAGUUCCGCGACGUGGAAACCUUCGCAGCCGUCCAUCUUGGCAACGAGAGGUGCACCGACGGACGUUCCAGAAGACAUCAAGGAGGAGCUGUUGGAAGAGGAUGAGGAUGAGCAACCGGUCGAGGAGAUGGAGCAUCUACAAUUGACGCUCUCAGAGGCGUUCUUCUUGGCUUGGGCGCUCGACUGCUUGAGUGUGAUGGACCCGAAAACGGGAAGAGCCAUGUCCAAACCAGAACUCUGGAUCGCCUGUCAAACCGCCUCGGCGCCUAUCUCUCUUGCUGUCCCACAACAGUCACUAUUACCUCCUACGCCAGCUUCGCUCCUCCUGAGACCAUAUCUUCAAGAACGGGAGCAAGCUUUCGCGCCGGACAACCCAUUCCUUCUACAUUAUGCCGUCGUUCACCAUUAUCGGUCGCUUGGUUGGGUCAUCAAGAGCGGUAUCAAGUUCUGUGCGGACUAUCUGCUAUACAAACGCGGUCCAGUGUUCAGUCAUGCGGAGUUCGCGCUCAUUCUAAUUCCGGCGUACGAGGAUGAACGUGAGCGCACCCCGGGCGCGAAUCUUGGUGUGGGUGGAGAGGGCGGGGAGGCGUGCAGCUGGCAGUGGCUUGCGACGGUCAAUCGCGUGAACGCGCAAGUGAUGAAGACCCUUAUACUCGUGUAUGUGACCGUACCCUCGCGUGAGCGGCUUGCAGGCUUGAAUGGGCCGGAGAAGUUGAAGUGCUAUAGUGUACGCGAGGUCACAGUGCGGCGGUUCAUCCCUGCCAGGAUGCGCGAAUAG